AUGUCUUCAAGCGUCCGCUUCACUUCCCUCCCCGAGCCCUCAGAGGUCGGCCAAAUCUGGCAAGAUCUGGAAGAUCUCAUCGCCUCACUCAAGUCUCGACUCGAGCGUCGGGAACACGAGUACUCUGACCUCGCCGUUGAAGUUGUCGGUAAACUUGAAUCUGGCAUCCACGGCGAGGAACGUCAGGCUCAGCUUUGCAAGCUUCGUGAGUCUUGGAAGCAUAUCCAGACACUGGAGCGUGAGCUUCGCUUUUACUUGAAGCAGCAGAGAAAGCUGGCUGAGAGUUCGAUCUCACGAAUUGCUGAACAGCUUGGGACUCUGAAUGUUGAUUCGAUGGCAAGGGCUAUCCAAGCGAGUGAGAUGAGUAAGGCUUCCUACGAGUCGCCUAUCAAGCCGCUGUUUGAGACAAUCACUGAAUCGCCUCUCGAGUAUACCUCAGACUCAUGGUAA